AUAAAAUGGUUCGCUUACACGAGUAAGGGUUUUUGCCUCAUUGGCGCCUCACACACUCGUACACUCAGCAUACACCACAACUAAACCCAGAGCCUCUUUGGCGAUGAUCUCCCGAGCUUUUCUCCGACUACAUUCUCCGGCAACUAUCUCCCUCAUACGCACCCUUAAUGGCGCCACCCAUCUUUCUUCCUCCGCUGCUGGGCUAGCAGCAGCGCAAGCGCACAGCUACUCAGCCGCCGCAUCAGUGGACUGUGCCGACGCUGACGCUCGCAAUGCCGCUCGUCUUUCGACCGUAACUUGGUCACCUCAACUUCACAACUCAGUCAGCUUUAUUGGGACUGUCGAUUUCCCUGUUAAGAAAUUUGCUUCCCAGGAUGACCGUUUUGGUGUUUACACUUCUCUUCGUGUCAAAACUUCUCCUAAUUCUGAUUCUUCUUUUUGGAUAACACUUGUGAUGUGGGAUGAGUUGGCUGAGAGAGCUUUGCUGCAUUUGAAACAAAAUGAUUACAUAUACAUAUCUGGUGAACUGGGAUCAUAUACAAAAGCAAUUUCAGAAGGGAAAGAGAGUUUAAGAUAUAAGGUGACAGCAAAAGAAUUAAAUUAUGUAAAGCUGGAUGAACUUGGAAAAUUGUCUCAAAGAGCUGCGGAUCCAGAAAAAGAAACUGGAUUAGGCGAAUCUAGCUUGCAAAAGAAAAAUAAUCGGCUUCACUUGUGGCAAUUAUUGUUUGCCAAUCCAAAUGAGUGGUAUGACAAUCGGAAAAGUAAGAAGAAUCCAAAGCAACCAGAUUUCAAGCAUAAGAGUACUGGUGAAGUACUCUGGUUCAGUGAACGUGAUCCGCCAUGGGUUAAAAAACAAGUAGAUAUACUCAACUCUAGACUUUCAGGAGGCCCAAAUUAUGGCGUGAGUUCCAAAUAUUCCCCAUCCAGAUCUUUGUCGGACGAGCUGUUUAUGGUGCCAAACCCUACUAUGACUGAAGAAGAAUUAGAUGAUGCUGAGCCAGUUGAAUCUGGGAAAAACUUUCAAAAAGGUGUAAAUUCAGAUAAAGAAACUGGUGAUUUUAUAGGUGAAGGUAAAUCUAGCUCGCAAAAGAAAAAUGACCGGCUUCACUUGUGGAAAAAAUUCUUUGCCAAUCCAGAUGAGUGGUAUGAUAAUCGGAAAAGUAAGAUGAAUCCAAAGCAACCAGAUUUCAAGCAUAAGAGUUCUGGUGAAGCGCUCUGGUUCAGUGAACGUGAUCCUCUAUGGGUUAAAGAACAAGUUGAAAUACUUGGCUCUAGACAUGUAGGAGGAGCAAAUAGUGAAGCGAUAUCCAAAUCUUCCUCAGCCAAAUUGGUGUCUGGUGAGCCAUUGGAGGAGCUAAACCUUAAUGUGACAGCGAAGGAAUUUACUUUAGAUGAACCUGGUAAAAACUUCCAGAGAGUUGAAAUUUCAGGAUCAGAAACUCGUGAGGGUAAAUCUAGCUUGCAAAAGAAAAGUGACAGGCUUCACUUGUGGAAAAAACUCUUUGCCAAUCCAGAUGAAUGGUAUGACAAUCGAAAAAGUAAGAAGAAUCCAAAGCAACCAGAUUUCAAGCAUAAGAGUUCUGGUGAAGCACUCUGGUUCAGUGAACGUGAUCCUCUAUGGGUUAAAGAACAAGUUGAAUUACUUGGCUCUGGACUUUUAGGAGCAGCAAAUAAUGAAGCGACAUCCAAAUCUUGCCCAACUAAAUGGGUGUCUGGUGAGCUGUUGGAGGAGCUAAACCCUAAUGUGACGGCUGAGGAAUUGACUUUAGAUGAACCUGGGGAAACUUUCCAGAGUGUUGAAAAUUCAGGAUCAGAAACUCGUGAAAGUAAAUCUAGCGCGCAAAAGAAACUGCGUAAGAAAUUCUUUGCUUAUCCUGAUGAAUGGUAUGACAAUCGGAAAAGUAAGAAGAAUCCAAAGCAACCAGAUUUCAAGCACAAGACUUCUGGUGAAGCGUUAUGGCUCAGUGGUUGUGAUUCUCCCUGGGUUAAAAAACAAAUUAAAAUACUUGAUUCUGGAAUAUCAAGAGAACCAAUUAACGGUUAGGAAGCUUUUUGUAGGUAUAAACAAUGACGGCUAAUUAUUAUAGGAUGUAUUGUGUCAAAAAAAAAAAAAAAAUUAAAUAAAUUAUAGGAUGUAAUGGAUUUCUAUCAACUUGGACGCAGGAACAUUAGAUCAUAAUUAAAAUUAAGCUGUAUAUCUCUUUUUUAUUUUUAUUUUAAAUUUUUAAUUCUUA